AUGAUCCACACUGGAGAAUGGGCCUACGAGUGUGGGGAGUGUGGGAAGGGCUUCAGCUGCAGCUCAAAACUUGUCAGGCAUCAACGCAUCCACAGUGGGGAGAGGCCCUACGAGUGUCCUGACUGUGGGAAGAGGUUUCACACCAGCUCGAAUCUCCUCUGCCACCAGCGGAUUCACACAGAUGAGAGGCCCUUCCACUGCUCUGACUGUGGGAAGAGCUUCAAGUACAACUCCUACCUCAUGAAGCACCAGCGCAUCCACACUGGGGAGAGGCCCUACGAGUGUCCCGAGUGUGGGAAGAGGUUUCACAUGAGCUCCAAUCUCCUCCAGCACCAGCGGAUUCACACAGAUGAGAGGCCCUUCUGCUGCUCUGACUGCAAGAAGGGCUUCAACUGCAACUCCCACCUCGUCACCCACCGGCGUAUCCACACUGGGGAGAGGCCCUAAGAGUGUCCCCAGUGUGGACAGAGCUUCAGCCAGGGAUCAGAGCUGGUGGUCCAUGAGCAGCUUCAUGAUGGGGAGAAGCCCCACAAGUGCUUGGAGUGCGGGAAGAGCUUCAGGCAGAGCAGCAAUCUUGUCCGCCACCAGAUGAUCCACAAAGGGGAAUGGGCCUAUGAGUGUGGGGAGUGUGGGAAGGGCUUUAGCUACAGCUCAGAACUCGUCAGGCACCAACGCAUCCACACUGGGGAGAGGCCCUAUGAGUGUCCUGACUGUGGGAAGAGGUUUCACACCAGCUCCAAUCUCCUCCUGCAUGAGCGGAUUCACACGGAUGAGAGGCCCUUCCGCUGCCCCGACUGCGGGAAGGGCUUCAACCGCAACUCCCACCUCGUCAGGCACCGGCGCAUCCACACUGGGGAGAGGCCCUAUGAGUGUCCCCAGGGUGGGAAGAGCUUCACCCAGAGCUCGCACUUGACGAGACACCAACGGAGGCAUCCAGGGCAGAAGCCCUACAAGUGCUUGGAGUGUGGGAAGAGCUUCAGGCAGAGCAGCACCCUGAUCAGCCACCAGAUGAUCCACACUGGGAAAUGGGUCUGUGAGUGUGGGGAGUGUGGGAAGGGCUUCAGCUGCAGCUCAGAACUUGUCAGGCAUCAACGCAUCCACACUGGGGAGAGGCCCUACGAGUGUCCUGACUGUGGGAAGAGGUUUCACACCAGCUCCAACCUCCUCCAGCACCAGCGGAUUCACACAGAUGAGAGGCCCUUCCGCUGCUCUGACUGCGGGAAGGGCUUCAACCGCAACUCCCACCUUGUCACCCACCAGCGUAUCCAUACUGGGGAGAAGCCCUACAAGUGCUUGGAGUGUGGGAAGAGCUUCAGGCAGAGCAGCACCCUGAUCAGCCACCAGAUGAUCCACACUGGGGAAUGGCCCUACGAGUGUGGGGAAUGUGGGAAGGGCUUCAGCUGCAGCUCAAAACUUGUCAGGCAUCAACGCAUCCACACUGGGGAGAGGCCCUACGAGUGUCCUGAGUGCCAGAAGAGGUUUCACACCAGCUCAAAUCUCCUCUGCCACCAGCGGAUUCACACAGAUGAGAGGCCCUUCCACUGUUCUGACUGUGGGAAGAGCUUCAAGUACAACUCCUACCUCAUGAAGCACCAGCGCAUCCACACUGGGGAGAAGCCCUACCAGUGUCCCCAGUGUGGGAAGAGGUUUCACAUGAGCUCCAAUCUCCUCCAGCACCAGCGGAUUCACACAGAUGAGAGGCCCUUCCGCUGCUCUGACUGCGGGAAGGGCUUCAACUGCAACUCCCACCUUGUCACCCACCGGCGUAUCCACACUGGGGAGAGGCCCUACGAGUGCUCACAGUGUGGGAAGAGCUUCACGAGGAGCUCCAGCCUGAUUGUGCACCAGAGGAGCCACACUGGGGAACGGCCCUACGAGUGUGAUCAGUGCAGGAAGAGGUUUCAGAGCAGCUCCAGUCUCCUCCUGCACCAGCGCACGCACACAGAGGAGAGGCCCUUCCGCUGCCCCGACUGCGGGCAGGGCUUCAGGCGGAACGCCCAUCUUGUCAGGCACCAGCUCAUCCACACUGGGGAGAGGCCCUACGAGUGUGAGGAAUGUGGGAAGAGCUUCAGGGAGAGCUCCACCCUGAUCCAGCACCAGAGGACCCACACUGGGGAACGGCCCUAUGAGUGUGUGGAGUGUGGGAAGAGAUUCGGACAUCGCGCCAACCUGAUCAUGCACCAGAAGAUCCACACUGGGGAGAGGCCCUACGAGUGUUCCGAGUGUGGGAAGGGGUUUCGGAUCCGCUUCCAUCUUUUCCGGCACUAUCAGAGUCACACAGAGGAGAGGCCCUUCUGCUGCCCCGACUGCGGGAAGGGAUUCAAGCGCAACUCCAACCUCGUCACCCACCGGCGCAUCCACACUGGGGAGAGGCCCUACGAGUGUCCCCAGUGUGGGAAGAGCUUUUCCAGGAGCUCUACAUUGACCCAACACCAACGGAGGCACUGGUGA